AUCUCAGCGGAGGAGGCUAAUCGUUCUUCUCAUCUCAACAUCGUGGGCAUGGUGGGCUCUAUCGACAACGACUUCUGUGGCACUGACAUGACCAUCGGCACCGACUCCGCCCUGCACCGCAUCAUAGAGGUGGUUGACGCCAUCACGACUACUGCACAGAGUCACCAGAGGACCUUUAUCCUGGAGGUGAUGGGCAGACACUGCGGCUACCUGGCCCUGGUGACUGCUCUGGCCUGUGGUGCUGACUGGGUGUUCAUCCCAGAAAUGCCCCCAGAGGAAAACUGGGAGGAACAUUUGUGCAAAAGAUUGAUUGCGCAAAGGGGGCGUGGUUCUCGUCUGAACGUCAUCAUUCUGGCAGAGGGAGCCCAGGACCGUAACCAGAAACCCAUCACCUGUGACCAAGUCAAAAAUCUGGUAUCCAAGAAACUUGGCUUCGACACCCGUUCCACAAUCCUGGGACACGUACAGAGAGGUGGCACCCCCUCUGCUUUUGACAGAAUCCUGGGUAGCAGGAUGGGUGUGGAGGCUGUGAUGGCUCUGUUGGAGGCCACCCCAGAAACCCCAGCCUGUGUUGUCAGUCUUUCUGGGAACAUGGCCGUCAGGCUGCCUCUCAUGGAGUGUGUCCAAGUGACUAAAGAUGUGACCGUAGCCAUGACGGAGGGGAGAUUUGAAGAUGCUGUAAAGCUCAGGGGAAAGAGCUUUCAGAAUAACUGGGACACAUACAAAAUGCUGGCUCACGUGACCCCACCAGAAAUGAAGAGCAACAUCAACAUUGCCAUUAUAAAUGUUGGCGCCCCCUGUGCUGGGAUGAAUGCAGCAGUGCGUGCAGCUGUCAGGGUUGGUAUCAUCCAGGGACAUCAGAUGCUAGCUGUACAUGACGGCUUUGAUGGCCUGGCCAACGGACAGAUUGAGCCUAUCAUCUGGGCUCAAGUGGGUGGAUGGACUGGGAAGGGAGGGUCCAAUCUCGGUACCAAGAGACACCUGCCAGGUAAAAACAUUGAGCAAAUCAGCCUGAACAUUACCAAGUUCAACAUCCAUUCUCUGAUCAUCAUCGGAGGCUUUGAGGCGUAUCUGGGUGGUCUGGAGCUGGUGACAGCCAGGGAGAUGUACGAGGAGCUGUGUAUCCCCAUGGUGGUCAUUCCUGCCACCGUCUCUAACAAUGUUCCUGGAUCAGACUUCAGCAUCGGAGCUGACACCGCCCUUAACACCAUCACCAUGACUUGCGACAGGAUAAAGCAGUCUGCUGCUGGCACUAAGAGGAGAGUGUUCAUCAUUGAGACCAUGGGGGGAUACUGCGGUUACUUAGCAACCAUGGCUGGCUUGUCAUCUGGGGCUGAUGAUGCCUACAUCUAUGAAGAGCCUUUCCAUAUCCGUGACCUAGAGCUGAACGUGGAGCAUCUGAUAGAAAAGAUGAAGACCUCAGUGAAGAGAGGCCUCAUUCUCAGGAACUCUAAUGCCAAUGAGAACUACACCACACAGUUCCUCUACAACCUGUACUCAGAGGAGGGAAAGGGCACGUUUGACUGCCGGAUGAAUGUCUUAGGACACAUGCAGCAGGGUGGAACCCCCAGCCCCUUUGACAGGAAUUUUGGUACCAAGAUGGGAUCCAAGUCUGUCCUAUGGCUGACAAACAAGCUGAAGGAGUGCUACAGACACGGACGUAUCUUUGCCAACAUGCCAGACUCAGCCUGUGUGCUGGGCAUGAAGAAGAGAUCCCUGGUCUUCCAGCCCCUGGCUUCCCUCAAGGACGACACUGACUUUGAGCACCGUAUCCCAAAGACAGAGUGGUGGCUGAGGCUAAGGCCCAUCCUGAAAAUCCUGGCCAAAUAUGACACUGUGGAAAUGGACACCUCUGAGGUGGCUGCCAUGGAGCACGUCAUCAAGAAGACAGGCCUAGUCAAGGGGGGCAAAAUGUAAACAAACAAAUAAACACACACAUAUAAACACAACCUCACAUAAACACAUACAUACCGACCAUUGGUAUUGCAUCUCGGCCCACCCACAGUCAACCAUUCAGUCAACAGAUGUGUGUAGCAUCUCAGUGUAGUCCUAGUGGUUAUGAGGAAGAGACUGUACAUACAGUUUGUUGUGUGGAGCUUUGAACAGUUCUACAUCACAGAAGUCAUUCUACACCAUUCUGCAGAAACCCUGCAACAAUACUGUGCAGAUCUCUCAGUGGAGUCAGUCUAACACUUUUGUCUCAAAGCCACAAAAACACUCUCGGUGUGCUGUUUCCUGUGUCUGGCUCACUGCUUUCUCCCCUAUUUGUAUGGCAGAACAGUUUACAAAAUGAAGACUUCUUUCUUGCAUUGAAACUGAACUAGGAUAUGUAAUUAAACUCUGCUUCAUUUC